AUGUUGACUGAAGAACCCAUGGAGAUUGAUGAAGAUGCGCCAACAGAAUCAGCAGAACCAGCAGAGGAAGACCCCUUCGACCAGGACGACAUCAGGUACAUGUCGGCAUCAGCUUUGACGCAAGAGCUUGAGCGGGAAAUGGCUAUCAUGUACGAGAGUCUCGGCGUCCACUCCCAGAUAGAUAACGCAGCUUCUUCACGGUCAGCUCGAAUGACGCCACCCCAAAGGCACGGAUCAGCAACGUCGAGUACUGCUACGGCAUCGCCAACAGCGCGGCGCCGGCUGCAGAUCAUCACGGGCGGUAUGGCGGGUACUGGAGCCAGCGGAUCUUCAGAGUCGCCGCAUAGCUUUCGGGAUAGGGCACCAAGGAGGAGAGGCUCGCCGCUCGUACAGGUACAGUCCAUGCAAGCAUUCUCGGCACCUCCUGAAAGCGACGCUGGAGGUCCUGGGAUUGAGGCGGAGAAUCAAGAAAGCCCAAGUUUGGAAGACCAGGCGUCAAAGGAGAAAAGCCCAUCUCUGUGAGCCGUCUGUUUCAUGACAGUAUUGUCGUAGGGGGUGGUCGGCUGAUGGACAUCCGUCCAGUAGUCCAG